CAUUUCGUCCUAACUAACAUAACAUGUUCUUCUGUGGAAGCCAUAGCCAUAACCAUAACCACCACUUGAACCCAUCUCAGUAAAAAGAAAAAGCUUCGUUUUCGUUACCAUGGAAAGCACCGACUCAUCCACCGGUUCACAACAACCGAACCUGCCACCAGGGUUUCGGUUCCACCCCACCGAUGAGGAACUCGUCGUUCACUACCUCAAGAAAAAAGCGGCUUCAGCUCCUCUUCCUGUAGCCAUCAUCGCCGAGGUUGAUCUCUACAAGUUCGAUCCAUGGGAGCUACCCGCUAAGGCCACGUUUGGGGAGCAAGAGUGGUAUUUCUUUAGUCCAAGGGAUAGGAAGUAUCCGAACGGAGCGAGGCCAAACAGGGCUGCCACGUCAGGGUAUUGGAAGGCCACUGGGACGGAUAAGCCGGUGUUAACCUCUGGUGGAACCCAAAAGGUUGGGGUGAAGAAAGCUUUGGUUUUCUAUGGAGGGAAGCCCCCAAGAGGGAUCAAAACCAAUUGGAUCAUGCAUGAAUAUAGGCUUGCUGAUAACAAGCCUAACAAUAGGCCUCCUGGAUGUGACUUGGGCAACAAGAAAAACUCCCUAAGGCUUGAUGAUUGGGUGCUGUGCCGAAUCUACAAGAAGAGCAACACGCAUAGGUCUCCUAUGGAACAUGACAGGGAAGAUUCAAUGGAUGACAUGAUGGGAGGGAUACCCCAUUCCAUCAACGUGGGCCACAUGAACGCGAGGUUUCAUCUUUCAAAGAUGUCCACAGGCUACAACGGUGCAUUGUUGGAAAAUGACCAGAACUUAUUGGAAGGGAUGGUGAUAAGUAAUGGAGGGAUGAACACAGCUACUACUACUACUACACAUGCUGCCAUGUCAUCUUUGGGGCCCUCCAAUUCCAAGCCAGAGCUUCCUUUUGUCCCAACCAUGACUCAGUCUUCAAACACUUCCAAGAGAACACUCUCAUCACUGUAUUGGAAUGAUGAGGAUGUGGCAGCAGGAACCUCUUCAUCCAACAAAAGGUUCAAUUUGGAAAGUGGGGAUAAUAACCAUGCAAGUGUUGUUAGGACUGAAGAAAAUGGCACUGCUACUUCUAUUGCAACCCUGCUUAACCAGCUCCCUCAAACCCCUUCAUUGCACCAACAAUCAAUGCUCGGAUCAUUAGGUGAUGGGCUACUUCGGACACAAUAUCAAAUACCAGGAAUGAACUGGUAUGCUUAGUUCAAUUUCAAGGAGAUAUUGAAACUAUAAGAAGGAUCCUCAGCUGGUGAUACCUUAGACAGUACUAUUCUCUUGAUCCUGCCAAUUAGAUUGUAAAGAUUUUAAUGGGAUAUUGAGAUUUUGGUUGUUAGGAAUUUGGAAGCAAUUGUUAGAGUUUAAUCAAUUAGAUGUGCCUCAUCGAACUUCUUCAACCAUUGGAAACUAGGAAGCUGCAGGCAAUAACAACACAAAGGUGAGGCCAUGGAUAUAUUUAGUUAUACUUAAAUAUAGCUUUAUACAUAUAUAGAUAUUUGCUUGUUUUAUUGGUAUGUAAAUAAAAAAUGGUGGUGCUCUCUUCAUGUACAAAUAUUCACAACAGAAAAGAGAUAUUUCAAAUUAGCUGUUAUAUAUUUAUAUAUAUUUAUACUUUGAUUUAGGAUACAAAAAUGAGCCUUGUGUAGAUCAUAUUACUGUAGAAUACGAUCGAUUGAUAUAAGAAUUGAAAAACAAAUAGUGACGUCAAUGUAUUGUAUAUUGUUCUCUCAAGAAAUUGAUAUAUUGAUUAAAUUUUCGUUGGUU